AUGGUCAUUGGGCAAGCAUUGCAAGUUGCUAGAAGGAAAUAUAUGGCGAAAGGUUGUUUCGACGUUCGAAAACGAUUUUAAAGAGAGAUCAACGCUUUUUUCAUCGCACUUUUAUCAUAAGUGGAUGUAGAUGAUGUUUAUACGAGGGGAAGUGUAAGGUUUUUUUCAGAAUUACAGAGAAAUAUAUUAUAAAAUAUAUCAAUAAACCGAGAUCAUUACACGUUGUCAAUAUCACAAUAACUAUUGCGCAUGGAGAAAAGUUAGUAGGUAGAUUUUACCACAUAGAUCAUGGUUGUUCAAACAAAAACUUACGCUUUCCUUGUACAUGCAUGCAUUUUUUUCUAGUGAGUUGCAAUGUUUGCCCCGUGGCGAUCCCAAAACUUUUGCCGCAAACACAAGGAUCCGAUUCCUGGCAACUAAUUCAUUAGAUAUCUCUUCAUUUGUGCUAAAUUAAAUGAACUUCCCAGAGGGAGUGCUUGAUAAUUUUCUUUCUUUUAGCGUUGUCUGCGUCCGUUGACAAACUGAUAACUGAUGUAGGCAAGAUAAAAUCCUUGGAAGAGAAAAUAACCAGCCUUCAGCGAGAUUCGGUGAGGAGUAUUUAAUUCAUGUUUCAGAAAUAGAUUGCAUUAAGCUCUACUGUAGCGUUUGUGGACUCUCGCGCUUCGGUUGUUGAGAUAGCACCUCUUUGGUUUUCAAUCUUUUGUUAAUUUGUUGUCGGCGCUGUUUCACUCUGAUCUAAUUUUUUUUAACCUCAUUCUUUUCAAAAAUUGAUGCGCGCGAUUCGAGAUUAUAUCCAACUCGGCGAACGAUUGACAGUUAGAUCCUUCUUCAGUGUGUUUUUAUGCAUUUGUUGACAUUAGAUUCCCAUAUGUUCUAACGUUACAUGGGUAUUACAUAAUCGCUAAUUCUUAAAAGAUGAAACAAUUAGUUUGUCUUUCCCCUGCAUAGACUGAUUCAGGAGUCAGCUCUCUACGAAAAGACUUGGACCAAUCAAAGUUCCAACUCAUGACGUCUGACAAUGACACAAGACAGAUACUAAAAGCCGUCAACACAUCCUUUGCGUAUGAGGUGCAAUUUUUUUUUCUUUUAAUCUCGGUGUUGGUUAAAAAUCUAAGAAUUCAUCGCGAGAUAAUUAAUAAAAAAAAAGUACGUGACGUCCAACCGGCAAAUAGAGCAAACAACGAUCGAACAACCAAAGUAAGUUACCAAUCAGCCGAUCAAAGUAAGAAUACAAAUUCCAACAGAAUCUCUUCUCAUAGACUGUACAGUCUUCUUAUUCUUUCAGCUGGAAAAGCUCGGCACGUUUCUGUAUCAGCUAAAUUCUACACUGAAUCGAACUAACUCUGACGUCAUGGAGCUGAAGGAGACUUUGAGAAAGGUUUGUCAUAAUGUCAAAAUACAACAAUGCAAUAAACUUGUUGCAACCGCCGCCUGGCCAGUAUUGUAAAGUGCCGGACUGGGCUGCCGUGCGGAAGGUCGAAGGUUGAAGCCCCAGACUGGAACAACACCCAGCAUCUUAAAUUUAGCUGAGGAGAAUGUGCUUCCUUUGAAAUGACAUUUAGACUUGCUAGUCUUCUCGGAUAAGAAUGAAAAUCCGUAGGUCUCGUCUCCUGCAUCUUCCCUGUACUGGUCAGCAAGGAGUAGGGGAUGUAGCUCCCCGAUUUGUGGUCUUGUAUUAAUUCUAAAAAUGGGGGCAUCUGCCCAAAUUUCCUUCAAAAAUUUUAAUCUACUCAAUUCAGUCUAGCCAGAGUCCCUCACAACGUGUUGUAAAGCGCCAUGAGCCAAUGAAUAUGGCGCUGAAGAAAUCUGUCAUUAUUCAUAAUUGUUAUUAGGAGCUCUCUAUAGCAACUUUUCCUCACUUUUUCAAGUUUCCCUGCUAUUCCAACCCAUGCAAGAAUGGAGCGACCUGCUAUCCAGGAAACAAGAGGAGCAAAUUCAUUUGUGCUUGUGCUUCAGGUUUCGUUGGAGAAAUAUGUGAGAAAGGUAAGAUUAAUUCUACAACAAAUUGCUCAACUACUUUUUCUGGCUUAAAGAUGUGCGUAAGGUAAACUAGGCAAACUAGUUAUUCAUAAAAAUGUAGUGUAAUAUGAUGGUAGCAAUUUUCAAAGGUAUGAUUGCAAAGCUAUAACUUUCUUCAGUUGAUAAUAGAAUCAUGAGAACGACAGUUUCUUACGCUUUUUCCCUUCCUAUAUGAAGUCAGCCAACUUUAUGCACGUGUUAAUUACUAACUGGUACACAUGUGAAUCUCAAUGGGCACCUCCGCCCUCUGGCUGCUAGCAAAUGUUUAUCUAGAUAAGCAUCACUAAAGCAGUUUCUAGACAACCAUUUCCGGCCAUCCUUAAAUAAGUAAGGCUAUCUCUCAAAUCUUAAAGUAUACGCAUCAUUAUGCAUCUUAAGUUUCGAGUCUAAUAAAUCUUUCUGGUAUGUUCACUUUGCCUGAGCUGCUGAGAGCUGCAAGGAGAUCAACGAUGACAGUGAUGAUAAGGGCAUGUAAGUAGUGUUCAAUGCAAUUCGUACGAGUUUAAAUUCUCCACAAUAUACCUCUGAGAGCAAUAUCUUUUCAAAGCAAAAUUCGUCUUUUUCUAGCUCUGUCAGUAACCAAUCCUUCCCUCUGAAGCUUGGAUCAGAUAUAAUUUCAGUCUAUUGUCACGUGACGAGUCUUGGUCCUUGUGGAGACGGUGGUUGGACACUGGUUAUGAAGAUCAAUGGAUCUAAGGUGCAAAAAAUUUAUUCAAGUUUUCAAUCAUUAUACUAAUAAAUUGAACAGAGGCCAAAACGAAUCAAUAAAUAAGCAAAAAGAAAAAAGAAAAAGGGAACCCGGAAGAAAACUAUUACAGGAAUUUACUACACAAUGGAAUGUUUUGUUUUUUUCCUCGGCUAAGGUUUACACUUUUUAUGUAUUUGUAUUGAUCAAUUUAAAAGAAAGCCGCUUGUGAAUAGUUUGAUAAAUAUAUACGAGAUUUAAGUCACUCUUUUGGCAAUUUUGGGUUUCAAGUUAGAAUAACAAUCGUUUUAGAUUUUAUUCUCGCCAUUAACAAAUAAGAAGCUUCUGAGAUGUCUCUGUACCCUACACAAAUGGUUAUCACAGAUGUUGCAUCUUCUAGAUCAUCUUGCUAGAAACUCAAUUGUCUAACGGGUGAUUUAUAAAUUUCAUCGGCGCACAAUGAUUUAUUUUCUCGGAGGUUCGCCUACAGACGAUAUAGUAUCAGUUUUUGAGCAAUGAACAAAAAUUGUUUUAAAUUAAUGGAACUAACGAACGUAUGAAAAAAAAUGAAAAUAUUGAUAAAUUGACAUUGGGUAAUCUCUUAUCGCAAAGUCUAGUUGUUAAUUGAUAAUGCUAUCCUCAUUCUGUAGAACACCUUCCAUUAUGACUCUGAGAUCUGGAGCAAUGAGACCGGAUUGAACAUUCAGGGGGGGAUGACAGGGUUUGAUGAGCAAGAGACUAAGCUACCGACUUACUGGAAGACAAACUUUACCAAGAUCUGCCUUGGUAUGAAAAAUGGCGAAGAAUUAAAAUUUAUCUUGAUUAACAAGACGGCUGAAUCUUUGCACUCAUUAAUUGCUGACGGGGAAUAUCGUAAUACGUCGCUUGGUCGUGAUGCAUGGAAGUCGCUUCUUGGUUCCAACGGCUCCUUACAACUGAAUUGCAAUAAAGAAGGGUUUAAUGCACGCACACCGUCUGCUGUGCGCCCUAGGGCAAGAAUUGGCAUCCUUGGUAACGACCAAAAUGACUGCAAUAGCUGUGAUUCAAGAAUCGGUUUUGGUACAGCCCCGGGUUCCAACACCUGUGGAAAUGUGGCAGCAUUGCAAGCAGACAAUGGAGACAAAAAUGUUAUAGCCAUGGGAUAUAUAUUUGUUCAGUAACUAUACAUGAGUUCUCGUUAGCGUCAAUUUUUUUUCAUGACGGUUUGCACACAUUUGUCGUUUUUGCCGAUUCAAAACGUUUCUUAAGCUCCAGAGAGUGGUAUUCUUCUGAGCAAAAGGUGACCCAUACUUCUUGUUGAUGUCCUCGCAUAAAGCGUAGUUAAGGUUACACGUUGUUCGUACAUUCAUAGCUGAAAUUCUUUCUCUCGGUGCAAUCGAUAAUGUAAACCUGCAUAGUCUUGUAGAACUAAGAUGAAUUUGUUGCAGCUUACUUAAUCGAUCUGAGGCUACUCUUUGGUUAGGUCGAUCAAAAAGAGUUAUACAUUUGUGACGAGCGUGAACCCUCAUUAGGAUUCGAAGUAUGAUUGUCUACUAUCAAACGGUGAGCGAAGCCACAAACUAGAUACACUAUGUUCAAACGUUUACAGGUUCAAAGAUUCAUACCCUAUGUACAAGGUUCAUGAGUCGUGAAAAAAAAUUAUCUUAGUGGACGCUAAAAACGAGACAUAGAGCAACACCUUGCAAUUUUACUUGUAGAAGAUAUCGCCUCUAGAAUGGAUGGGUUAGACAAAUUCACGUGCCCAUUAGACUACUUUUUUAAGUGUCAUGGUUGUGAAGGAAAAACUUUAAAUUUCAGGUCACUUGCCUUUCUGUAAAUUCAAUUGUCACUUAGUCACGUAGAAAUGUUUAGCUUGAUCUCGCCUCACGCAUUGACUCUUUGCCUCCCUGUGAACUUUAUUAAAACUGUCAGGAAACAAUCAGAAUACAAAUUGUGUACGAGUUGAGUUGUAUUACCUUACAUCAUACAAAACAGCUAGUGACCAAACAACUGACAUCAUCGAUUUUACCGCCAAGCGGUUUUUUUCUUGAUAAUUACGAUAGGGGAACACAGCGAGUGUCAAACUUCAUUAACUCGCGUACAAACUUACAAUUGAGGUCCCAUCGGGGCCAACAUCCUUCCAAUGCUCUCACACUCCAACUUUGACUUCACCGUCCCAAAUUGUGAGAUGAACAGAAUGAAUGGAUCUCUACAGCAAAACAGUUGUUUUCUGUCAUGAAUGUUUCAUGAUAAUACUUGAUUCACAAGUCUUUACGUAGAAAUUUUACUAAUUCUAUGUAAAACACAGCUAUUAAUUCCAUUGUUUAAACUAGUUUUCCGCUGAAAGGCUUUUAAAUCAUGUGCAAUUUUGAUCAGAAAAACAUAUUUUGAGACCGAAUUUAAUAAAGCAAGCUAAUGGUUAAUUUAAGCUAUUGGCGCUUGGAUCGCCUUCAGUCGAGUCUUAAGAAUCACCCAACCCUGAAACUUUGACAUAAGAGGGCUUCAAAACACGUCCUCAUAUCAAAUCAAAAUUUGACAACUCAAAGUUGUUCAUUUGCUCACUGUAUGAUGAUUUAGUGACAGUCGAUGUAUUGACAAAUGCCUUUCAUAAGCACUUCAAAAUCGCCCGAUCUUGCCCUGUUUAUUUUGACAUUCGAAAAGGCUUCAAAACAUGCCCUCUUAUCAAAUCGAAAAGUGACGUUUUAGAGGGCUUAAAAAAAUACAAGUAAUGCACACGUGCAUAAGACUGAAGUCAAGACAAUAUGCUAAACGAAAAGCAAAACCAAAAAUUUAAUCACGUCCGAUGAAUGGAAUGUUUAAAGACAAGAACAAAAGAGUUAAUCCUUCAACACACUGUUGUUCUCUUUUUUUUUUCAAUCACGAAAAAAAAAAUUACAGGUCUUCUCAUGAUGAGUGAAAUGGUUUACAACGACUAAAAUCGGGUGGGCAAACGAAAAAAAAAAUUCAUUCAAAAAUUAGUCAUUUCUUCAAUCACAUCCGAUAAAUGGAUUGAUUAGAGAUAAUAACAAAAGAGUUAAUCCAUCCUUACACUGUUGAUUGUUUUUUUGUUUAAGCCGAACUGACGACGUCUUUCUGAGAACCCAUUAAUCAAAUUUAAAAUUUUGCGAAAUCUUGAAACCAACCGUCUAAAAAAGGCUGAAAUAGAGUUCGUUGACCGAACAUCACAACAAGCCUAGUCAGAUCGAAGGAUGACCAAAUUUAACAGCAAGUUCAGGUUGACUGCUCUGGCGAUAUUAUCAAUUUAGCUUGUUAACCGGACGAAUUUAAUCCGAAGGCUGUCACGCCUCGCUUGCGCUUAGUUGUGAUUUAACUUGGAGAUGUGAUAUACAAAAUAACACCUAUUCAGGGUGUGAUCUGAUUUCACCUUUCGGUUUGGCUGAGAGUGACUUGCACUUUAUCGCAAUGCCCACUUCAUCUCGAAAAAUCGUUAUAAACAAAGGUUAUGUCGGAGACGAUUCUGCCACGAAUGAGUCGCUGGGACUAAAACAAAUUAGUUUAAAAGAGGCCAAUUUUGGAGCAGCAAGUGAUCCAGGGAGCGCACUUUACGAAACGCAUGAGAAACCACACCCGGCAAGGCGAUCGAACGGGAGAUAUUUGCCCUUGUUCUUUUUUGCGUGUUUACUUUCCAUCGUCGCCAUUAUUCUGAGUUUGCUGUCGCUGUGGGGGAAUUUCGGUGAAAAAUGUAAUUGCUCCAAAACUGAAGGUUAGCAAGUAGACAUAUGUUAGUAUAAUAAUUUGGAAGCGAAGCAACAAAAUGGCCGCACUAAAACAUCCAAAAUUUGGUUUUAUUACUUUUCUCAGGCUUGACCAUUAAAGCGACUAAGUGCAUCAGAGUUUUUUCGUUAGUCAUAAAACACAUUUCAAUGGUCCAACAAUCGUAUGUCACGCAGUCUGCAAACUAGUUCUAAAAUUAUAAGUCAAAAGACUACAAAAUGAAAUGGUAGUGGGAUAAAAAAUCCACUCAAUGGUUUAACAUUUAAUCGUCGCUGUUGUAUUUCAUCAUCCUUACAGGGCUCGGAAAAAUACUGCGGAACUCGCAAAAUAUCCGCAAGUAAUAUUUUUUGCACACCAGUCCUUUCUGAUCACAUAAUCCUCUAUGAAAAACUGAUGAUUCGUUUUUAAACUCUUCGCACCGGGUGGCCUGACUAUAGACAAUAAAUAUAUAACAAUGCUGAUAAUAAUGAUAAUACUAGUAAUAACAAUUUUGGAUAAAUGCUGUAACUUUUGAAUCGAGGAGGAAUCGAUUUUGAUUCAAAUUUAGGCGAAUUCAUUUUUCCUGACGAAGAUAUUUUUGAUUGGCAAUUUCAUAGCUCUUCUUUCAUUCGAUUUCAAACGAAUUGCCUGAAAGAAAUCUUUUAUUUUUUUCAGCACUCACUACGUCCGUUGAAAAGCUGUCUGCUGAUGUAAUCAAGAUUAGUUCCUUGGAAGUGAACAUGACGCGCCUUCAGCGAGAUUUGGUGAGAGGCAUUGAACAAAAAUUUUAAAUAGUGAUUUGCGAUGAAAAAUUAACCUUAGGUCUUCACUAGCUCUCGAGUUUCCCCUGGGGAUGCGGGGCCUUUUUGUUUUUCAAUUCUUUGUUAAUAUAUAUUAAAGUUAACACGGCAACCAGUUGGACAAUCAGACAUAGUUUGACGCUACUCUGGUUUGCAGAUUUAAUGAAUGUAACCGAAGAAGUUACGAUUCAUAGACCCAACAUUUCGACACUCCUGUCUAGUGCCUUCAUCAGGGGUGAUCUUGGAGGCUUGGCAUAUUAACUCCGCCCACGUUCCUUUAAAUCGUGACGAUGGCGGUUUGCUUCCUGACGCCUAUUUACACCUUGUCAGAAAAAAGGCCGCUAAUUAGUGAUCACAUAAAAGGACCUCUUGUUGCAGCGUUUAGAUCACCCCUGAUGAAGGCACUAGACAGGAGUGUCGAAACGUUGGGUCUAUGAAUCGUAACUUCUUCGGUUACAUUCAUUAAAUCUGCAAACCAGUAGCGUCAAACUAUGUCUCUUUGUUAAUAGUUGGACGGCAUUGUCUCUCCAAGACAAUCUUUUGUUUUUUUAAAAAAUCCCGCACAAAAUUGUUUGGCCGCAAUAGAGCCUGAAUCUGGCCAUAGUUUUAACCUAGCAUAAGUAGACCCGACAUUUUAGCCUAGAAAGAGCAGGAAUUAGUGAGACAAGAGCCUCACAGGGAGAAUCGUUCACAGCAAGAAAACGAGGCUGACACGAGCGAGACGUGUAAUGUAACUGCCAAAAAAUCCCACCUUAGGGUCUAUCUUACCUUUACUAGCAAAGAAAACUAGAAUUGUCGCAAGAAUAUCAAUGGACAAAUUUUUGUCUCUUCUGUUGUACCCGUAUUUCAAGCUGUCAAAUUCCGUCAGCGCCUGAUCUGCUCAAAAGACCAGCCGGCGAAAUUUGCCAAUGGAUAUUAAACUCCUAUAGUCAGGAUUCAUCUGAAGUCGUUUGAAAGUUUUAAAUAUACGCGAGUUCUCCAACAAAUUAUCGCCUUCCUGGUAAUACGCGGCUUUGUCAGGAAAAAUUUAGUCGGCCGCACGUUUAAAGAUUUUACCACCUCGGACAAAAUUUGUUUAGAAGCAACAAACCAUCCGCACUUGUAAAAUUUAAUGAUGUCGGAAAAUUUGUCUCAGCUUUCCCAGAGUAGCCUGUAAAUAGAAUGAAAAAAAGUUCACAUUUAGACAAAUUGAUUCAUCUCACCUCUAUCCAUUCCAAAUUACGGAGCGCCAUUUUUUCCAUACGGCCAAAAAACAGCGGUCCGUACUUUACAGUGCGGACCUCAAACUCGGUUAAUAAGAAGUACUUAAACGACGAAUGCGUUGCAAACUGCCAAGUUCAUGAAAGUUGUUAUUGUAAAUUUCGCUGUGUGUUUUUAGAUAGAGAAAGAGGCCGAGUUAAACAGUACCCGUUUAUCCUUGGAUUACCUUCAAGAAGAACACAACAACCUAAGUGAAAAGGUAGAGGAACUUAUUCACACACAAAAAAGAUGAAACGAUUCAAAUGCUUAGGCAACCAUACGUUCCACUCGCAGGUGAGCUGCAAGAUUACACUUACCUCAAUUUGUCUUGAAUUUACACAGCUUAUCAUUUUUUAACAGGAGUUUACAUUAUCUUGCAUGCCAUAUGAACUUGUAAAAUCUUUACAGAAAUUUAAAGAUAUGAAAGUCAACAGUUUUAGAAGUGUCAACAAUUUUAAGAUGUGAGAUGAUUUGAAACAUACAUGCAAUGGUAAAAAAUUACCAUUUAAUAAUCAUAUAUAAUGAUAAAUGUAAGAUACAUGAUUAUUUUAUGGAAAUGGCUUCUUCAUCACUCAUUAGAAAUUUUUCUUGUAAAGAAGAGCAUUUUGUUGUUUCCUUGACCACACUCGCGGUAAUUUGUUCAAAGUCUGAAACACUAGACCGAAAACCAUGAAAAAUGUUCGAAAUUUCUUUUCUCAGUUGUAGAAAGAUAGAAUUUUCGUAAGUUCUAAAAGGAAAAGAACAGUAUGAAAGAGAGGAUGAAUUGAAUUUACUUUUUUCCAAAUUAAGUCUACUGUUAAUGAAAUAUUCACAAAAAUGAAGAGCAAUUUGAGUUGAAUCGGAAUUGGUGAAUCACAAAUGAUGACUCCAUACGUAUGGUGAAUCCAUAGUUAUUCAGAUUAAUGCACGAGUCUUCUUCCCUCAGACCAAGGCAUGGUUAGACACCAUACGAAAUGAUGCGAACAGCACAAGGAUUCAACUAAUGGCUUCUGAUGCAGAUGCAAAAGUAGCCUUGGAUGCAGUUAACACAACUAAGACACUAAAGGUCAGUAUUCUAAGAUUUAUUUCACUUCUUUACUCGUGUGAUAUAGGUUGGUUUGUCUAAGCUGUUGAUUUAAUAUAUAGUUUUUGGAAACUCAUGAUCUGAAUGCCAGGGCAGUAUGUGUCAUUGCCGGAAGAAGAAGAUAAAUCGCUCAUCUUUGCUUUUCCCUUUUGACUUCUUAAAUUUUUAGAAAAAUUAAUUUACUGCGAUUUUCUGCGUCACGGACCCUAAAAUAAUGUGCUGUGCAACUUUGAAAAUGAAACUGGGAUUUGAAGCUUUCUGCUAAAGGAAAUUAAAAAGUUUCCCUUCGGAUUUGGCUGACAUGUUGAUUUUCUUAAGGUUUUAAAAGGAUGAAAGUAUUUAGAGAAAAGUCUGGGUAAGGGUUAUUCCUUCGAAACGAACCAAUGCCAUACCUAAUAAAUAUCGUUCACAAUUUUUCUUUACUCAGCUGAAUAUCCUUGAUGCUGCCUUGUCUCAGUUGACGACUUACUUAAAAAGGACAAACGUUGACGUUAACGAAGUUAACGGCACUUUACUGGAGGUGAGACGGAUUCGUAUCAAAUGUCACUUUGGAAUGAAUGUUGGCAUUAUCGGUCCAUACAAGCGGUGGUUUUGAGUUCUACUUUUGCAUCUAACAGCGUAGUGAGCAAUUAUGAUGAGACUUUUUAGUAUUUUUGAAGCUCCGAUAUCUGAGUGAGAUCUACUGCACCGACUCUUUUCAUAAUCGUGAGCAAUAUUGAGAAUUUCUCGCCUAUGAUUAAUGUUUCCGGAUAUUGCCGUAUUAUACCGUAACGAAUUCAAAAGGCUUUUUUUUUAAUGUAUUGAAACAAUAAACAACAGAAAAGUAAAGUGUGAUCAAAGUGAUGCAAUCUUUGUUUGAAUGCGAGUUUUUUUUAAAUAUUGAAUUUAAUAUUGAAGUUCUUUCCAAUAACGGGGAUAAGACUGUUCCAUUUAACUUUUAAAGACUUUUCCUUUUACCAGCUAGACGAUCAAAGAUAAGUAAGUUGUAGGGCUAAUUUUCUCGGCUUACGUUGAUCGGAUCAUCAUUCAAUCAAGUACUCGAUGAGAUUGAUCAAGUUCCAGACGUGUAAGUUUAACCUUCGAAAUCUUUACUUACUAAAUAAGUUUUGUAUUUUCUCUGCAUAGACUGAUGCAGAACUUAGCUCUGUUCGAAACGAUUUGGACAAUUCAAAGAAAUUACUCAUGACGUCUGAAAAAGAAACAAGGAAAACAUUAGCAGCCGUCAAUUCAUCCUUUGUUAAUGAGGUUUGAAGUCAUUACAUUAUAUUAGUGAUUGUAGAGAUUUUAGAAUUCGUCACGGAACAAGACUCCUGGAGGUGUUGACGCGGGAUGCAUUGGUCGUUAUUUGCAGUGAAUCUGGUUUUACGUGGAAUAUAACAAAUCUAGUGGUGACUCUUCAAGAUUCAGGAAUAAAAUCAAAAAAUUAAGACAGGAAAAAAAGUAAACAACGUGAGAUAUUAUAUGCGGUCAUCCAUCCGAGUCAGAGUAACUCCAAGUCAAAAGGGCUUAAAUUAAUUGACAAACACAAGCGCGUGGUUAAUUUCCAUUUCUGACUACACCGACACUCAACCAAAUUUGUAACGCAGUCUACCACAGAAAGCCCACGUAAUAAUCAAAGCGACAAAGCAAGUAACACCCAAUCAGCUAAAUGAACGAACGAACGAGAUUUUCCUUACAUUUCAUCUUUCAUCUUUUUCUUUCAGGUAGAAAAGCUCGAUUCAUAUUUGAAUCAGCUCAAGUCUGCACUGAAUAGAACAAACACACACGUCACAGAGAUCAACGAAACUUUAAGAAAGGUUUGCCAUAUGAUGUGAAAGUAUAAUAGCGUAAAAAACAAAUGGAAAACGUCUAAAUGCUAUGAGGCUAUUGUUAAUGACUUUCAUGUAUAGAAAAGACUAAAAAUACAUGGUACUUUCCCCUUUUUCAAGUAUCCCUGCUGUUCUAACCCGUGCAAAAACGGAGGGACUUGCUAUCUAGCGAACGAGAGGUGCAAAUUCAUAUGUGCUUGUGCUCCAGGUUUUGUUGGAGAAAAAUGUGAAAAAGGUAAUAUCAUUUCUACAGAAAACCGCAUUAUCAUUUUUUUCCUCUAUAGCUGUGGGUAGGGUAAACUGCUAAGUUAAUAAUUAGCAGAAAAUGGGGUAGAAUAUAAUGGCAGCAUUAUUCUUAUUUAUUACCAUAAAGCUACAAUUUUUGUUGAACGAUAAAAUAUUUAUCGGGGAUGACCGUUUUUACCUCUGUGACGCUAUAUCUUUUCCUUUAUAAGGUCAGUGCAAAUAUCACUUAUUUCGUAUUUAGUAAAAAUUGAGUUUCGGGUGCACGUGAAUUUUGAAAAAAAUUCACGGUAAUUUUGAUCUGAGCUUUAGCUUCGCAGUUAUCAUGAUUACAGUCUCGACACUUGCAAAAUACAUUGACGCGAAUUAAAUGAAAGACUUGUAAAAAAAUAUCAGUAUUUAGGCAUCAAUAUACAUACUUAGUUAAGCGUCUAAUCAACUUUCUGAUGUGUUCAAUUUGUCCAAGCUGCUGAGAACUGUAAGGAGAUUAACGACGACAACAAAGAAAAGGGCUUGUAAGUAGUGUUCGAAGCAAUACGUAAAAGUGAUAGCAUUAAUCUUUCCAGACUUUCACAACGCCAUGGAUGCAUGAUGGCAGUUAAGCAUAGCGUUUUGACAGACAUUAUUCGCCUCUUCAUCCUUGUCUGGUUACUGCUUCCUAUUUCGGUGCUUUUCUACCUUAGAAAAAUUAAUAUGUUGCAUUCCUCAGAUUCGCUGUAGUUUAUAAUCAUUCUCUCAACGUCUUUCGAAAUGUUUUGAAGAGUGCAACUUAAGUUGACAGCGAUAGCAUAGGUGGACGAACAAGUUAAUUUGCAAUCUGAGGGCAAAUCAAUCUCCAGCGCCAUGAUCUCAAUCUUUUAAGGGGACUUAAAACUCAGUAACAACUUGUGCUAUCUCUAAAUAUGUUAUCGAACUUAUGGCAAGCCAUUGCUCGUUGGACUCUCGAGGUGAACGAAACACAAUAGUUAAUGGAAACAUUUGAGAAAUCGACAAAAUAUUAAACAUUGCACUUCGCAACGGAACUUUGGGUAAGUAAAUGCUUAUAGCUCACUUCUUCAUUGUCUCUGAAAAGUUAUUAAAAUCACCUUUGGAUCCUAUUUAUCACACCAAAGAUAGGGAUUUCUAUUAAAGGAAACGUUCUUAUUUUUCAGUCCUGUCAUUAACCAAUCCUUCCCUCUGAAGUUUGGAUCAACCAAAAUUUUAGUUUACUGUCACACGACGAGUCUUGGUUUGUGUGGAGACGGUGGUUGGACACUGGUUAUGAAGAUAAAUGGAUCUAAGGUGAAAUGAUAAUCGAAAGAUGGAAACUCGUGUAAUCUUCCAUUACAAAACCUAUUUUUUUUAACUUACAAUAUUACCAUUAUUGUGCAGAACACCUUCAAUUAUGAUUCUGAGAUCUGGAGCAAUAAGACCGGAUUGAACAUUAAGGCGGGGAUGACAGGGUUAGAUGACCAAGAGACCAAGCUACCGACUUACUGGAAAACAAACUUUACUAAGAUCUGCCUUGGUAUGAAAACUGGCGGACAAGUAAACUUUAUGUUGAUGAACAAGACGGCUGAAUCUUUGCACUCAUUGAUUGCCGACGGGGAAUAUCGUAAUACGUCACUUGGUCGUGAUGCAUGGAAGUCGCUUCUCGGUUCCGAGGGCUCCUUGCAACUUAAUUGUAAUAAAGAAGGGUUUAAUACAAUCAGCCCGCGAGCUAACCAACCCAAGGCAAGAAUUGGCAUCCUUGGUAACGACCAAAAUGACUGCGAAAGCUGUGAUUCUAGAAUCGGUUUUGGUACAGCGCCGGGUGCCAACACCUGUGGAAACGUGGCAGCACACACAGCAGACAACGGAAACAGAAAUGUCGCAGUCAUGGGAUAUAUAUUUGUUCAGUAA